UCAACGUCAUUUACAGAGAGUUUUGCGCAGCUGUUGUCUCUGUGCUCGAAAGUGACUGGAUCAGAAUGAUUACUGAAGAGGAAAUGCCUAGGCACAUCCAAGAGUUCGAAGCCGUGUGCGAUUUCCCUCAAGCUGUCGGUGCCCUUGAUGGCUGCCAUUUCCCUAUUUCGCCUCCAAAGAAGUACGCCACCGACUACUACAACUACAAGGGUUGGCACAGUAUUAUCCUACUAGCAUUGGUCGACCACAAGUAUCGAUUCAGAUACUGCAAUGUCGGUGCCCCAGGACGCUGCCACGACGCACAUGUGUUUGGUGUUUCACGGCUGUCGAAGAUUGUCAACAGUCCCCUUUUCAAAGCACCUGUUGCCGCAGUGGGUACCACAGCAGUCCCACCGAUAAUAUUAUGCGAUCAAGCAUUUCCACUAACCCCAAACCUCAUGAAGCCAUUUGGACACCGAACUGUCAUCAGUGAAGCUGAAAGGAAUUUCAACUGUCAUUUAUCUGGAGCAAGGAGGAUAGUUGAAAACGCAUUCGGAAGGCUAAAGGCCCGGUUCCGUUUCAUUGCGAAAAGAAUGGAGUGUUCUGUUGGCAAUGCCCGUUUGGCUAUACGAGCAUGCUGCGUGCUCAAUAACAUUUGCGAGCACUUCAACGACAGUGUCCACCCACAGUGGUUAAGUGAGGUGCAGCAGUCCAAUGCUACAUUUCCACAGCCAUCACGCAGAACAGAAGCUGAAAUUGGAAAUGCAUCCGCCAUCAGGACAGCACUUGUGGAAUAUUACAAGCGAAGGAACUGAACGCAAGAGUCCCAAGAAUCAGCAACAAUUGUGGAACACCAUGUCAGUUUUUACUAAAAAACUUCAACAUUGCAUCUACAAGUUUCUCUUGCAACUUGAGCCCCUCUUUACGGAGAUCCAUUUCCAUUUUGUGCGCAUCAGCAAACUGCUCUCUCUGCCGUCGCUGCUCCUCAAGCAUCCUUUCUUGAAAGUCGCCAGCCGGUUGCCUUCUCUUCCUGCGGGCACAUUCGGAACUGCCACUUGCGAGGUUCCUGGAUUCAACCUGUUGUACUGGCGACUCGGAAGGUGAACAAUCUUCGGCGACGUCUUCACAAGAAGCAGAGCCGGAAUCAAGCAUGUCGAAGAUCAGCUGCGUUUGAAGAAGGGAUCCGAAAUACAUUGACCACAUUAGUUGAUGUGUGAAGCGGUAAACAAUUAGUUCAGGGUUUUUACUUGCAAGAGAGCUGCCUCUCCUUGCGUGUAUGUAUUCACGUUUUUUUAUUUUAGAGUCUGCAUUUUUUUUAUUCUCCAAACAGCGCACUGCCAAGCUUGCAACAUGAACAGCGCGUGAGCACAAGCAGAAAUGAACCACAGUAUUAACAAGAGCAGUCCGCUACACUGCAGGGUUGUGCAGAUUAUGGGCUUGGCAGCACAGCUGAUGCUACAUUAUGUCUUGAAAUUUAGUUGACUGUAAUAAAGCAUAUAUAGUCUCCAC